UUCAGAUUUGAUGAAGUGCGUGUGAGGUCGACGGUAGUUUAUGUUGCCCCUAUCGUUAAUGUCACUUCUUCUGUUGUUCAUUUGUUUUCUCCAUGUUCAUGGUAAUUUUGAAGAUGCACGGUGUCGUUGUGUUUGUCCAUCCACCAAAUAUUUCGCAUCGGAAAAUAGUACAGUGAGUGAUGAGAGGCGAUAUUAUACGAAAUCAAAUAUUAACGCUCUCACGUGUAAACCACAAACAGUGGUGAAACCGAACGUUUUAGAGAUAGUAGAUGCUGCACAUUUGGAUGCAUUUUUAGCGAACUGUGAUUGUAAACAUGAGUCGAGAAAUACAGUUUUGUUGAAAGUUGUUGUAAUAUUUGUUAUUUGCGUAGUUUUCGUUUUGGUUACUUAUAUGCUUUUCCUGAUGUGCUUGGAUCCCAUGUUACGCAAGCAACGGCAUUCGGUCCCAUACAGACAGCAAAACGAUGAGAUGGAAGACAAUAUUUUUGCCCGUAGAACAUUAACGGAUGAGCGAUAUUCAGAUCUUUCACCUUCAAUCACUAUGCGAUCUCGGAACAUUGCAGAUAAUGUUUUGGGGCGAGUCGAAGCCGAGCAAAAUCGUUGGAUGCGAAAAGUUGAAGAACAGCGAAGAAAUAUUUUCACGGAUCAUACCAUGCUUAAUUAGUCACCAUUUUCAUAAAUUUAUACUUUGUCAGAUUACUUUGAACUAUUGUCGAAUCUCUGUCCGUGUAAUUAUGUAUAAAUAAUCUUUUUUAAACCUAUAUUAGUAAAAAUCGAAGAAAAAUUGGAAUUUCC